AUGAAUUUAAUACACUUUGUAGAAUUAGUUAAUUUUUACAACCGUAGUGAAGAAAAUAAUGAACGUGUUCCUAAACGAUUUAUUAGAGACAUGCAAAAUCCAAUUGAUUUUUAUGACGAUAAAGAAUUUUUUAACAGAUUCAGAUUUUCUAAAACUACAAUAUUGCAAAUGUUACGGUAUUAUGGAACUGGAAAUUUCCAAAUAGUUACUGGUGAUUUGGUUGGUAUUAGCCAACCAACUAUAAGUAGAUGUGUAAAAGAUAUUUCAAGAAUAAUAGCAAUCCCGACUUUUGUAAAGUUUCCUGCUACCCUAGAAGGAAAAAUACAUAAUCAAGUGUUUCGAUCCCUGAUUGCUGGUAAUUUCAAAAUAAUUUGUUCAUUAUGCUUUAAAUAA